GAGAGUCAACCAGGCUCUCCGAUGAUUGGUUUGACAGACCUUUAGUCGCAAAACUGUAAUGUUAAUCUCUAAACACGAAGGAUUCGUGCAUGUAAGUGUCUAGAUCUUAAACUACUCAAGCUUCUUUUUGUUUCUUUCCUCGUCUCUCUCUCUCUCGCUUUCUGCGAUCCAGGUAAUCCACUCGUCUUGUCGCUCUGGUUCUAGCUCAAAUCUAUCUUUUUUCGAACGUGACUUUGGGAAACAUCGAAGAGUCGACCUUUGCAAGUUGCUGGCAAGUAGAUUUGAUCUGAUCCCGAGUUUCUUUUGUUGGUUUUUUUUUUGUCAGGUAAGCUCGGCUCCUCCACUUUUUGUCAACGUCCUGCCUUUCAAACCAGCAAAACCAAAGAAGCAAAGGAUAAAAUUAUUGUGGCAGGAACACAGGCACGCUUGCGUUGACAAGCAACCGAUUGGAGAGCGAGAGUGAGUACGCGAUAUCAAACAGUGGAGCUCCACAAAUGAGAACUCGCGCAAGCUUAAAAAACCCGGCUGCCAACCGAGAUCUAGUCCUUAGUCUCUCGCUUCCUUGCGCGUUGCUCCACUGUUUCCAGCAUUGGAUCAAACAGUGGGAUCGAAACAAAAGAGAGACGAAAAGAGGCAAAAGUUUGCGCGAAAGCAUCCAGGCAGCACUUCUAUUUUGACGAUCUCCAUCGCCGCGCCAAGGGGAAAACACCGAGUUUCUUCGUUUCCUAUAGUUUGGACACGAUGUUUGUGUGUGUUGGCGAUCACCGUCCAUCCGACGGGCAGGGGUCCUGCUGACGGGUAUGCGGGGGCCACGUGUCUGUCCAUCCGAUAAGCGAGGGAGUGCUGACGUGUGUCUCCUAGUUUGACUGGCUCACAAAAGAAAUUUAUGCGUGUCGGUUUGUUUGAAUUUCAAGAUUGUAGGCUGCUGAGCGAGAGCCACCCACGCAGCGCGGGAUAGAUAGAGAUCCAUUCUAGCGCUAGGUAUAAAGUCGCGAACAAGCGGUGCCCCAGGAGCUGGAGAUCUAGCUAGCGGCGCAAUUCUUUCUAGCGAUUCUUUAGAUGGGAAAGGGAUGGAAGUCGGCCAGGGCGAUGCUGGCGUCCAAUCUGUGCAUCACGUCGGGCGGCGAUCGGCGCGGCGAUGAGAUUGCGGCGGCGGCGCUUCCCAGCCUCCAGGAUUUGAUGGCGCUGGAUCGGCCGCUCCAAGAAUCCGGGGCCAGGUCAGCGAGCGGGAGGAGGAGCAAGAGCACCGGGAGGAGGAGCAUGCGCGAGGGUAUGUGCUCCAUCUGCCUCGAUCAAAUGGCGCCCGGGGCCGGCCACGCCUUGUUCACAGCCGAGUGCUCCCACAUGUUCCACUUCUCGUGCAUCGCAUCGAAUGUCCGGCAUGGCAAUCGCGUCUGCCCCGUGUGCCGGGCCAAAUGGAUCGAUCUUCCCUGGCAGCAGGUCAAAGAAUCCCCGCCAGAGCUGCGAUCUCAUCACUCCCAGCCAUUCGUCUCCCACGGGAAUUACCACGUCGAUCCAGUGCUGCGAAUCCUCAACGAGUCCAUCCAGCGCGAGCGCGCGCGCUACGGCCGGAUGAUCAGCGCCAGCCGCGCGGACAAUCGAUCGGAUCCCGCGGUCUAUGACGACGAUGAGGAAUGUGGCAGCAGCAUCCACAACGUCUCCGUCGAUCCAAGGGAUAUAUCGUCCCAGGAUUUCCAGCACCAAGCACCGCCAUCGCGAGCGCCCAAGAUCGCGGCAUUCACCGAGUGUGGCUCCGUCCAGGCGGAUCAAUCCAGGAAUCCCUUCACAGUGCUCGUCAAUCUCAAGGCAUCGAGCAGCGGCGGCGGCGGCAGCGCUACCGGGAGCGCUCGAGCUCCCAUCGAUCUCGUCACGGUGCUCGAUGUGAGCGGCUCCAUGGCGGGAUCCAAGCUCGCGCUGGUGAAAUCGGCCAUGGAAUUCGUCAUCGGGCAGCUGGGGCCGCGUGAUCGGCUGAGCGUGAUCUCCUUCGCCACCAACGCCGCUCGGCUCUUCCCUCUCAAGCGAAUGGACGACACCAACAAGCGCCGCGCGGUACGCGCCGUUCAUGCGCUGGUGGCAUCCGGCGGUACCAACAUCGGCGACGCGCUCAAGAAGGCGGGCAAGGUGCUGGGCGACCGGCGGCACCGCAACGCGGUAUCCAGCGUCAUCCUCCUCUCGGACGGGCAGGACACGUCAGCAUUUUUCUCAUCUAACCUGUUGCGGCAGUCGCUCUCGGCGGUAUACCGCCACAUGCCGCCCGUCCACGCAUUCGGGGUGGGCUCCGACCACGACGCCCCGACGCUCCACGCCAUCGCCGAGGCAACAGGUGGCACCUUCUCGUUCGUCCACGCGGCCGCGGCGGUACGCGACGCCUUCGCGCAGUGCAUCGGCGGGCUUCUCAGCGUCGUGUCGCAGGGCGUGGAGGUCUGGCUGCAUGCCGCGGCGGCAUGGGUGAAGAUCUUAAAGGUGGAGAAUGGGGGAUUUGAGAGCUGGGUAUCGGGCGAUGGCUCCAGCGCGCUGGUGACGCUGGGCGAUCUCUACGCCGAGGAGGAGCGCGACGUCUUGGUCCAGAUCGAGCUGGGCGCCUGCGCCGAGGCGGAGUCGAUCGAGAUCUUCCGGAUUGGGUGCCGCUACAGGGAUGCAUUGGAGCCGGGCGAGGUCGCGGAGGCCGGAUCAACGUCCAUAUCAGUCCGGAGGCCUGCGAUCGUGCAGAACUCGUCUCAAACCGCGAGCCUGGAGGUGGAUCGCCAGAGAAACCGUCUGCUCGUCUCGGAAACGAUGGCCAGCGCUGGGAAUCUCGCGGACGCGGGCAAUCUGGAGGCCGCCCAGGACGCGAUCUCGGCGUCGCGAAGCCGCAUUGAGCGAUCGUUUGCGUUUGCGAGCGGCGACGCGCUGUCAAAGUCCCUCCACUCGGAGCUGGGAGAAGUGCUCCACAGGAUGGAGAAUCGGAGGAUCUACGAGGAGUCGGGGAGGGCAUAUACGCUGUCCGUACACAGCUCUCACUUGCACCAGCGGGCGACGAUGCGCCAGGGCCCAAACGACGACGACCUGUACGGCCAGAGCUACGUGACGUCGUCCAUGGCCGAGAUGGUACACCUUUCGCAGACUUUUGGGGCCAGUACAGCGGCGGCGGCGGCCAAGACGCCGCCGGCGACGCGGAUUGGACGGUCUAGAUCGUCGAGAAAGGUGAAUCCGGCGGCGUCCUGAUGCCUGGUUUUUAUUUUUUGUCAUACCAAAGUUUUGACUUUGAAAAAUUCUUUUCCAUCCCAUUGUUUAUAAGAAAAAGACCCCAAAUUUUUUUCCGCUCACACCAAAUGUGAAUGAAG